AUGGAUAAUAUCCCAAGAAAUAUAAAGAAAAGGGCCAUCGCUUUACUGAACAUUGAAGAAACUACUCUAGCAACAGACAAGGCUACUACAAAGAAACAAAAACUUGGAAAGGGUAGGUGCUAUUUAUGUCCCAGAUCAGCUGAUAGAAAAACGCCAAUUACAUGCGUAAAAUGUGUUGAGUGGAUAUGUAAAAUUCAUCAAAAUUUCGUAUGCAGUAAUUGCCUUGAUAGCAGAGAAAUAGAAACCAAUUGUGACAGCGAAUAG